AUGAAUAAGUUUGAAAAAAAAAAAAAAGAUGAGGAGAAAAACGUAAGCAGCCACAUAAAAAAAUUCAUAUUCAAAAAUGAAUACAAGUACGUAGACGCAACCAACGUUUUGAAGAAUAUUUUUUUAAAAGACAAGAAAAAAGAACAAUCCUGCAAAAAAGCCAUUCCUGUAAAAAAAUAUAUCGUGAGUAAGAAUUUACAUGAACUGAUUUCUAGUAGGAAAGGUGGCAAAGGGGAUGGGCAUCAAAAGGGAGAGAAGAAAAUUAAUUACCUGAGAAAAGAUGGCAAGGAGUUGUUAAAGAGGGAGAAGUCUGUAAGGUUUGGGCCUUUGCAGAAUUAUGAGGUGGAGAAAACGCCUUCCUAUCGUAAUGACAGGAAUGACAGUAUCAGCCCUUUGAGUUCCAUUCGAAAUGCCCCCGCAAAGGGUUGCGUGAAAGUACCAGUGCCUAGGGCACGCAGGCGCAAAAUAUAUUCGUCCUCUGAGGGGGAGGAGGAAGAAGAAGAAGCUGUUGAAGAGGAAGAAAUAGAAGUAGAGGAAGAGGAAGAAAUAGAAGUGGAGGAAGAGGAAGAAAUAGAAGUGGAGGAAGAGGAAGAAAUAGAAGUGGAGGAAGAGGAAGAAAUAGAAGUGGAGGAAGAGGAAGAAAUAGAAGUGGAGGAAGAGGAAAAAGAAAUGGAAGUGGAGGAAGAGGAAGAAAUAGAAGUGGAGGAAGAGGAAGAAAUAGAAGUAGAGGAAGAGGAAGAAAUAGAAGUGGAGGAAGAGGAAGAAAUGGAAGUGGAGGAAGAGGAAAAAGAAAUAGAAAUGAAGGAAGAAGAAGAGGAAGGAAUUGAGGAGGAGGAGGUCGAAGAGGAAGAAGAAAUAGGCGAGGAUGACGUGGAAGUGGUCGAGGAACAGGAGGAGGAAGUGGAACAUUUAAAAGAAAUAAACCAGGACACCGAGGAACAAUGCUCUCUGAACGCGUACAGUGAAAAGGAACGAAGCUGUCGAGAUGAAAUGGAAGAAGAGAAAGAGGAGCACGUGGAAGAGAUGGUGAGUGAAGUGGUGGACGACGAAGUAGAUGAUGAAAAAGACAACAUCGCAGGGGAAGACCAAGUGGACCAAUUACCAACGGGGGAAUUAUCAACUGACAAACUGCUAAUGGGCGACGAGGCCGCCGGUGAGGAGGAAGACAAUUCGGUGGCAAAAAAUUUUCACCUUUUGAGCGGUGAAAUAAAAAAGAAGAAUUCGCAAACCUUACUGCUUGUAAAUAAAUUCAUGGAAAGCUUGCUAAAAUAUGGUGACUUUUACACUUAUGCUUGUAAUAGCUUAAAGAAGUAUUAUCUCGACAAAAGUGUCGACAAAAAUUGCAGUUUUUUAAAUGAAGUGAAAAGUGGAGAUGAGGAUCCUUUGAACUUAUCCACAAGGGAAGAGCGGAUAAGGAAUUUGGUAAUUCCAUAUGAUGCACAUGAUGAGGGGGAGAAUUCCAAUAGAGCGACUUGCGAAGCGGAGAAAUCGGAAGAAAUCUCGGAGCAGAAUGAGGUGGUGGGUGGCCUAAAUAAAAGUGACGAGCGAGGCUCUUUGGAUAACGAAGGUGGGAAAGACGUUGCAGGUGUUGAUGAGGUUGCAGGUGUUGAGGAGGUUGUAGUUGUUGAGGAGGUUGUAGUUGUUGAGGAGGUUGUAGUUGUUGAGGAGGUGGACGCAACGGAAGAUGCCCAUGUGGCCAAAGCUGACGUACCCGAAGAAAUCCAAGUGGCCGAAGUGGCACAAGGGGUGCAAGAUAACGAACAUAAUGCAGAGCUGCAAAGGGAGAGUUCAUCCGACAUGAAAGAAAAAGAAAAAGCUCCAAAUAAUUUCGAUGAGGAAGAACACAACAAAAUUGUUGUAAAUACCUUGGAGGGAAAAGAACAAAUUGAGGAUGGAAGUGAGAAGGAAAAAGGAGGUUUAUAUAGAGUAGACAAGGAGAAUGAGGAAGAGGGGGACAGAAGUAACGAAGAAGAAAGUGAAGAUAGUGAAAGUGCAGAUGGCGAAAGUGCAGAUGGCGAAAGUGCAGAAAGCGAAAGUGGAGAAAGCGAAAGUGGAGAAAGCGAAAGUGAAGAUAGUGAAAGUGAAGAUAGUGAAAGUGCAGAUGGCGAAAGUGCAGAAAGCGAAAGUACAGAGGGAAAAGGUGAAGAUAAUGAGGGAGGAGAAUGUGAUGGCCCAGAUGGUAAGGAAAAUGGGAAAGAUGAAACGUUGGAAGGGGAGAGUAAAGUUAAAAAUGAUGAACAAAGUGAUGAAGAAAGCCGCGAAGACAUUCACGAAGGAGAAAGUAACAUGGACAAAGAAGAAGCGAAUCUGAUAGGUAACCCAGGAGGGGGUGACAAAAUUGAAGAUGCACAUAGCAAGAGUGAGGAGGAAGGGAAAGUAGACACGCGUGGAAGUGAAACAACGGAAAGUGAAAGUGACACGGAGGGAAGUGACAGCACAAGUAAUGAGGACUCUGAAGAGGAUAGCAAAGGUGAAGAUGAUGACGCUAAGGAUGAAGAUAAACCAAAAGGCCAAAACAAAAUGGAUGGUACCACAAUGGAAGAGAAAAGGGAAUGUAAAGCGGAAAACAAAUCUAAAAUUAGAAGCGGAAGUGAAGGCGAAUGUGAGAAUGAAAGUGAUAGUGAAAGUGAGAGUGAAAGCGGGAGUGAAAGCGGGAGUGAAAGCGGGAGUGAAAGCGGAAGUGAAGAUGGAAGUGGAUCCGAAAGCGAAAGUCGAAGCGAAUCCCAAAGCGGCAGCGAUGAAUCCAGCUGA